AUGAAGCAGGGGAAGGAGACGGUGGUGGAACUCCUCGGCCACCAGGGACGCUACCUCCUGGUGGACCCCGACGGCUCCGUCCGGUGCACGUGGACGCUCCAGCUGCUGGACAGCAGGAAGUACCUGGAGUCGGACGGGGAGGAUGUGUUCUGCAUCUCCCGGCGCCCCUCCCCCUCCCACCGGUGGCUGCCCCAGACGGCGCUUUACGGCCCCGCCAAGCAGUGCUACGCCCGCGCCGACGCAGACCUGGACCGGGUGUGGGUCGACACCCCCGUGCCCUACCCGGAGGAGUGCGGCUUUGUGCUGCGCUUCAAGCACGGCAUGUACCACAAGUACGUCUCCAGGAGAGAGACGCUGGCCAAGAAACCCUCCACCCACACCGCCUUCCACUUAAACCUCCAGCCCCGGUGCCUGGCUUUCCUCAGCGACCGGGACGGCAGCAUCCUGUAUCCCCAGGGCAAACGGGGGCUCUUGUGCCUGGGCGACAGCCCCCCGGAGGAGGAGGAGAAGUGGUUCGUUAUCAAGAGGUGUCCGCAGUGGGUCAGUCUGAAAACGAAGGCCAAGAGAUACGUGUCCGUCAUCUGUGACACUGAAGUGUACGCCGGCUCAGACAAAGUGACCCCAACAUCCAUAUUCCGCUAUGAAUUCGAUCCUGAGACCAACGCAGUGCAGCUAAAAACGGUCAACAACCGCUACCUGGCCCAGAGGAAAUUCAAGAGCAUCAUGGCCAAUGGGAGACGCAUGGAGCCAGAGACCAACUUCCGUGCCCAGUGGCAUUAUGGGAAAAUCUUCCUGCAAGCUUUCAAUGGCCGGUACCUGGGCACCCUGCCCAUCGGGCUGGUGGUGGCCAGCGCUGCGCACCCCGCGCUCCCACCUUCUCUCCGUCCUUCCCCAGCCUGCGGCAGGAGGUUCUGGUCCCUGAGCGCGGACGGCACCUUCCGGACCUGGGGGAAGUUUGCCUUGAACUUCUGCCUGGAGAUCCAGGGGACUAACAUCCUGGCCGUGCUGGCCCCCAACGGCUACUACAUGCGAGGGGACCGGAGCGGGACCCUCCUGGCAGACAGCGAGGAAGUCACCAGCGAGUGCCUAUGGGAGUUCUAGAUGCAGGCAGGUGGGGAGGAGGAGGCGGCUUGGCGGAGCAGGCGGGCGUGGCACCGGCGAGAAGGAGCGCUGUGCGGGCUGGGAAACCCCGGCCAACAUGUCUCCAUCCCCCCCUGGAUUCCGCAAUAGUACUCAGCAGCUUGUUCGGUCUGGACGUGACUCUCUGCACUCGGGCUAGCGGCACAGCUCAGGAACCCGAGCGACGGGGCGGGGG